ACGUAGGCCGCGUUAUCGUAUAUUUUUCAUUAUAAGACUUGUCAAUUAAAUAAUUCAGUAUUCAAUCAAAUAUUCGUAGAAUUGAAAUUCUUUUUUAGUGAUCUCCAGAACCGGACGGCGCAAUUUUAUUAAAAAACGUCAUGUAAUUAUUUUUCUAAGAACAAAGUGUUGAAAGUGUGCUUCGAUAAAUGCCGCAUUCAUCUUUUUCCAUUAUCGCAAUAAAUUUCGUUAUCAAAUGAAUGUAAAAUUGAUAGAAAGUCGAUUUAUGCUGGUAAAUAAUUUUGUGAAGUGUAGUUUCGUCAAAGAUGCAUCUUUUUUAGGUUAGCCACGAAUACGUUGCUAUUUAAUACACCUCAUCAUCAAUAAUAAUACACAGGUAUAGAAGUUACGUGGCAUUCGUACAAGCGUCAAUAUCUCCUCGCUGCAUAUAAGCGCUUUGUGUGAACGCGUACACGUCAAUGACCAAUCACCGCAGGCCGUUCGUUUCAACCAUAAUACAUAUAGGAAAAAUAAAAAGUGAUAAAGCUGAAUAAAAUAAAUAGGAAGCGCGUGCAGUGGGGUGUGUGUUAGUGCAAAUAAGUGGAAAUGGAAGUUGCUUGAGAUAAGCGCGGGGAACUGAACCCAGCGAGAGACCGGCGUGACUUUUUCGUCCUUUCUAUAUCUAUACACCGAACGUCAAAGCAAACUCUCAGUUCGUUCAAAGACUUCAUACAAGUUGGCUACAUUUCCAUACACGCAUGUCGCUCUUCUACUGUUCUCCGAACAUUUCUUCAUUUGUUUUUCAAUUAUUAUAUCAAUAAAAAAAAAAGUCCAAAAUGAUCAAGGAAUAUUCACCGAUUGCGCAAACUCUGCUCGGCACAUUACUCACAUGGGCCUUGACAGCCGCCGGUGCCGCUCUUGUCAUUGUCAUACGAGGCAAACAAAGAAAAUUAUUAGAUGUGAGCCUCGGCUUUGCGGCAGGUGUGAUGAUAGCGGCAAGUUAUUGGUCGCUUUUGGCACCGGCGAUAGAAAUGGCAUCGGAGAGCAAGAUUUAUGGUGAAGAAGGAGAAUACGCAUUUCUGCCAGUGGCAAUGGGAUUUCUGGUAGGAGCAGCGUUUGUGUAUGGAACGGACAUAUUGAUAACCUCCCUGGGAAUUCAGUCCCCGAAUGUGCUGUUAGCUAUGCAGUCAGUCGGUACGAAAAACAGACGAAGAAUCCAUGAAAAAUUAAAAAGUGACGAGGAUGUAGACAAUAAAGACGCAAUUAGUGGUGUUAAAAUAGCCGGUGGAAAGAUGUAUACUAAUAUUGAGUCAACUACCAUCGAUGGUUUUUACGAACAAAAUGCUCGAAGAAGGCCGGGCGGUGUUGGAAUGGUGAGAUCGACCGAGAUCGAUGACGCUGGAACGAUGUACGAGGACCCGGUCAACGAGGAGAAAAAUAAUCAGUGGAGGCGAAUUUUGCUUCUCGUUGUUGCGAUCACGGUGCACAACAUACCCGAAGGUCUUGCCGUUGGUGUGGGUUUCGCUGCCGUAGGCAGCAGCGCGUCAGCGACGUUUGAAAACGCAAGAAACUUGGCCAUCGGCAUCGGGAUACAAAACUUUCCGGAGGGUCUCGCUGUCUCGCUGCCUCUUCAAGCUGCCGGCUUCAGCACCCUCAAGAGCUUUUGGUAUGGCCAAUUAUCGGGAAUGGUCGAACCCGUCGCCGGUGUAUUGGGAGCUGCCGGCGUCAGUCUCGCUGCUCCGGCCCUCCCCUACGCUCUCGCCUUCGCCGCUGGAGCGAUGAUCUACGUCGUAAUCGAUGACAUUAUUCCGGAAGCUCAUCAAAGUGGUAACGGCAAAUUGGCGAGCUGGGGGGCGAUGUUGGGUUUCCUCAUCAUGAUGUCGCUGGACGUGGGUCUAGGAUAAUGGGACCUAGAAAAUAGGACAUCAAUAGUGCGCAAAGAAAAAAGACAAAAACUGAGAGAGACGGAACGAGCGCAAAGCAGCGCACACAUUGGAUCCGUCGAGAGACCGACGGAUGUCUCAUCGUAGUUGCCAAUUUUAACAUUAUUUUUUUAUCCACUGGAUCGACGAUCGAUACGACGUUGACGAAUAAGAUUUAAAAUAGGAAAUGAGCCCGCGAGGCUGAGAACAGCGAGGAAAAAACAUUUCGUGAGACGUAAUUUUGUUCUCGGAACUCUUUGACUCGUCUUUAGCGAACUUUAUUUUAUUUUCCCACUUUUCAGACAAAUUACUUUUUUCCGUUUCAUCAUUCAAUACCGAUUAAAUGUACAAUCAUUGACGCGGUUGAUCGCGAUAAUAUUGUAAAUUACAAGAAGAAACUUCAUCGAGUAUCUCGAUACACCGCGUAGCUCUUUCCGAGAUGCGAAGACCUCGAAAUUCGCAUCGUUGGGGGGGCACCGAAAUGAACGUUUUUCAAAUCGACUUUUAGGGGAUCGAGAAACUCGGUGAAGAUGAAAAAAAUUGGGACAAUUUUGAAAACUACAGAAAAUCUGUGAAAAACGUUUUUUUCGUUCGGUUACAACGAUGCGAAAUUCGAUACCUUGAGACCAUACGUACAUUCGGCAAGAAACGCCGAUCAGCGACGACGGUUUAUAUUAAACCAUAGCUAACUUACGAGGAUUUAAAAAAAAACUUAAUUAAAUUUAACGUUCAGACUGCAGCGUACUUUUUGAUAAGAUUCGCGAAAAAAGCGAUCAAUCAUUGUCGAGAAAAAAGAGCUGGAAAAUUUCUACACUUUUGGAAAGCAAACGUCAAAGUUGUGGACGAAUUUUCUCAUGAAAAUUCUUCUUUCAACGCAAGACUUUACUUAAUCUUACAAAUCGCCUUGAAACGUACUAAUAAAAAGUGGUGAAUUCCUUCAUUCCCAGAGCCAAUAUCGAAGCCGGUCUCGUAAUUUUAUCGUCCUUGAGUAAAUUUCCUCAGAGUACACUUUCCGAAGAGUUUCUUCCGAAUAAACUAUUUUCUACGACACGAGCAGAUUCGAUUAAAUUCACAUCGGAAUAACGUCAAUUUCAGAGCGAUCUUUGCAGCCGACUCAAACUCGAAAUACGAAAAAAAGGCGAUUUCGAUCUUCCUCCACAACUGAAUAAUAUUUCUGUGCCUGAGAAAAUCCAAGACGAAUUUCUGUAAAUAAAAAUCAUGUGAUUCUCA